UUUCUUUUUUUCAUUUUUUUAUUUUUAUUUAUUUAUUUUUAUUUAUUUUUGUUUGGUUAUUUAAUUUUAAACCAAUAGUAUUCGAGAUAUUUUACUCUUUAAUGAAUGUCAUUUUUGUGACUUUCUCUUUCUAGUGUCAUUUUUGAGACAUAAACUUCAAAAGAUGCUAUUAUUGACAAUUGCCCUUAUUGUUUUGUAUAAAUAUGAUUAUUGUUUGUAUAAAUAUCGAUCAGCAAGCUAAUUAAAAUUGUUAUCAAUUUUUUUUUAGAAAACUGCGGUUUGGUGUGAUGUUUGUUCUGCAAUAUAUUUCAAGCAACAUCUAUAACUUGCUAAUUUACAUUAAAUCUCCCACAAAAUAAUAGUGUAUCCUAUAGUUUUCUGCAUAAAUUUAUAUACUAAGAAUAUAUGAUAGAGCUUCAACGAUAAAACUCAUUUACCCCCAACAAAACAUGAUUGGCUAUGUUAACAUUUAUGUGUGACCCUCACAUAAGAACCAGCGCGGCCCUUCGAAAUUCUAUGGAGCCAAUUUACAUUAUAUACCGCAAGGAUCUUGAAAUAUAUAUAUACGAUCAUGAACACGGAAAACAACUUUGUUUUUUUCACGCAUGCAAAAGCAUUCAAAGAAGAAUAAACGUGUAAAUUCUUUCAAUGUGUGUGUGUGAUACGUCAUACGUGGCUUAUCUUGUUCUCGCCUUGGUGGAAUAUUAAACAGCGUUCAAAUACCUUUUCAUUUCUCCGCAUAUACUCAUAAUUUCCUUGGAUAUUAUUUCAUAAAUAUUUUAGUAUUGGAAAAAAGUAUAAAUAGAAAGACAUUUCAGAAAAUCUAAGAGACAAAGAAAAGCAAGUCGGGUUCAUGUCUAAUCACUUCUUCAUAUCGAAUAUGUUCUUGGUAAUAUACGCCUUCUAUCUCUGUUGUUUGUAUUAUCUAAUGAUAGUCUAUGUCUUAGGGCUGAAUGCUUUCAGUUUCUUUUUUGGCAUAGCUAUUGAUAAAUUAAAUGUUCAUUAUUAGAAUCAUUCUUAUCAUUUAUGCCUGAAACCAUUAGACUAAUAAGCACAUAAUGACAUGAACGUCCAUAAUUAAGUAUCAAGUAAUCAUAUACUAUUAUGCGAUUGUUUGGAGAGUAUAUAUAUUUGAUCAGUUCUCUUUUCUUGUCGAUCGAAUAAUCCGAACGUAGAGAGGCAGCAUCUUCCACAGCUUGUACUACUUAAACGAAAAUAUGGCUCUUUCGUGGUCUUGAUAGUAUAAUUCCAUUUACAAUGUAUUUAGAUUCUUUCUUCCAAUAAUUAAUUAAUUUGAACUUCUUGAGAAUCGAAAACGAGAUAAAAUAUUUUGUUGAUUGUGGUUCUUUCUUCAACCUUUUUCUCUCGUUAUGUCAUUUCAAUCAUGUAUAGUAUAAGGGGCUCCCGGUAUAAUUCCGGAAGCAAAAAUCCUCUAUAUAUACUCUAAUGACUUCCCUUGGACCAGAAUCAAACCAAACUCACCAUCACUUGCACCAAUACACUUACACGCACACAAACGUUUUCAGACAAAUAAUAUCAAUGGAGAAGAUAUCAAAAUUGCUAGAAGACAAGCCAGUGGUGAUAUUCAGCAUGACUUCAUGUUGUAUGAGCCAUACGAUCAAGUCGCUUAUAUCUGGCUACGGUGCGAAUCCAACGGUAUACGAACUAGAUGAGAUGUCUAAUGGAUCGGAGAUUGAACGAGCACUGGUCGAGCUUGGAUGCAACCCGACCGUGCCUGCUGUCUUCAUAGGGCAACAGCUCAUAGGUGGUGCAAAUCAGCUUAUGUCUCUUCAAGUAAGGAACCAACUAGGUUCGGUGCUCAGAAGAGCCGGAGCUAUAUGGAUUUAAGAGGCGCCUUAAUCGCAAUUAAGCGCGUAAUGUUUUUACUUAUAUAUUUCUAGUAUAGAAUAUGAUCAGUGUUUGAAACAUACUAUAUCUAGUGUUAAAAUAAAAAGAUUAUUGUCGUUUUUUCUAAAAAAAUACAUAAAAUGAAAAAUAAUUCGAUUCAAUUCGCUUGUGUAAUGCAAUAGCAAUUGUUAAGAAAUAAAAUCGUCUUUAAGUUUCAAAAAAAAAAAGAAAAGAUCGUCUUUGCAUAGUAAGUACUUACCUGGAAACAUAUAACUGGAAGAAAGAAUCUAAAUACAUUAUUGAAAAGUUGAUACAAGUCAAUAGCAUUGACCAAAAAAAAUAUAGUUAUUUUUGGGUAAAAUAUAUUUUUAACGCCGUCAGCAAAAUACUAAACCUUAAACCAUUGGAUAAUCCAUAAAACUUGGAUAAAUCCUAAACCCUAAAUCAAAAACAAUAAACAUUAAAUCUUGAAAACACUUAA